GUGGGGUGCUGAUGUGUGAGUAGUAGCGGCUCCUCUCUCGCUUCAAUGUUGCGUCCAGAUCGCUACAGUCCUGGAGGGAGCCGGGUCGAGUGAGCGGUUGGGGUUCCCAAAUAAUACUGGGGACAGACAGACAGACAGACAGACCUAAAAAAAAAAAAGAAAGAAAAAAGAAACGAGAAAAAAAAAGACACAGACGGAUGGACGGAGAUCGGCAAGUGAACCGUUAAAACGCGGCACCAUAACUGGACUAUACAGGCUCUGGCUGUUUUCUACGGUUUCACAUUAUUUAUUUGUCUGUGCGCAUUUAUUUAUUUAUUUAUUUGUCUAUCGAUUGAUUGCGUUUUAAUUACCGCCCUGUGACAGCGAGGGAGGUGGAGCGUCGGGGCCAAACGCGCUCGUUGUGUUUGUACAUCCUUGUUUUGUUUAUUAAUUUGCUCCUGAUUUACGCUUUUCUUCUUAUUUAUUUCUAUUUUAAUGAAGCUGUUUUAUUAAACGCGCUUUCCGACGCCAGAUCCGCGUGCUGGAUGCGUGCGGACGAAUGUAGCCUUCAUGCAAACGAGAGAAGACCAGGAGCGCUUUUAGCUGCAAACCAAAUAACAGAAUCAAACCAAAUAUUUACAAAAUUCCAAAUAAGACUUGAUAGCUCCUCUUUCUUGUCUGUGUUUUUCAAAUUGCAAAGCGAAUACCAAAGCUCGUACCGGUGAUGCUCCACCACAGCGACUGUUCUCUUGCCUUUUUCUCCCCCCCACACCUCUCGGUCAACGGAUAAAAUAAGGCAUCUAUGUUUACUCAACGCUUCAGCUGUGCAAAAGUUGCAGAAAGACGCGGCUGCAGCACCAACAGGCGGAUGACAUAAUAUCUGAUCCUAUUGUAACAGAACUUUUCCUGAUCUCCUCUCCAUCCGCCUGUGUGUUAGUCCGGACUGCAGCCAAGGGAACAUCAUAUGUUCUAUGCAUUUCUUUUUUCUUUUUCAUCCAAAGUAAUGCCAGUCAGAUGUAAAUAAAAGUGCGCAGCUAGGCUACAUGUGCGCACGCCUGAGCUCUCCACACCAAAUAUUUCCCCAAAGCUGUCUGUCAGAGAAGUGGACCGAGCCUGAGAAGAGGACGGAACUCGUACCGACACCUCUGUCAGAUUAUUUGCAUCCAAAACACAAGCAAGACGAAGAUCAUGUUUGUUCCACUGCCGGUGCCGUUCGUGUUUCAGAGAACUGCCCCUGACCUCACCACCUGGCGCCUGAAGUCCCCUCUGGCUCUCCGCUCCAACUCCGAUAUCAGGAUGCCAAAGCCAGCAGAGGUCGAGAAAGACGGGGCUGACUCACCGCUGGAGCGCACAGAUUCAGAGAGGAAUGGACCUGAAUGUAAUCACCAGGCUCAGUCGAUGAAAGUUAAUCCCUUCUCCCUCUCACCGACCCUGAACAGCAGCAAGAGUAAGAUGGAGGAGUGCGGUGAGAUGUCCCCGGCCCUUCCUCCCUCUCACGGCCCGACCCCCUCGCAGACAGCCCUGCAACACACACAGCUCAUGCUGACCGGCUCCCAACUAGCAGGGUUGACAGCUCUGCUGCCUGCGCAGCAGCAGCUGUUGCUGCAGCAGGCUCAGGCGCAGCUCCUGGCUGCAGCUGUGCAGCAGUCCAGCGCAGCUCACGCCGCGCAUGCUGCUCAUGCAGCUGCUCAAGCCAGUCAGCAAGCUCAGGCAGCCGCAGCAGCAAAUCAGCAAGCCCAGCAGCAGCAGCAGCAGCAACAGCAACAGCAGCAACAGCAACAGGCAGGACAAACAGGCCAGCAGGCCCAGUCGCAGCCCCAGGGACAGGGACAGAGCACACAGGAACAGACAGGCCAAAGUGUCCCCGUCCCGCCUCCUCCACCCCAGCUCACCCUCUCUCAGCCAAUCCAGCUCACUGCCCAGGACAUCCAGCAGCUGCUGCAGCUUCAGCAGCUGGUGCUGGUGCCGGGACACCCGCUUCCUUCUCAUGCCCAGUUUCUCCUCCCGCAGCCACAGCAGGGCCAGCAAGGACUCCUGUCGACACCAAAUCUUAUUCCGCUACCUCAGCAAAACCAAGGGAGCCUGUUGUCAGCUCCAAACAGAAUGGGACUCCAAGCACAGCGAGAUAAGAGCAUCGAGGUGAGUGGUGGUGGAGGUGUGACCACGGCACCCUCAGUGACCUCUCACCCCGAAGAACCCAGCGACCUGGAGGAGCUGGAGCAGUUUGCCCGCACUUUCAAACAGAGACGUAUCAAACUAGGGUUCACGCAGGGUGAUGUGGGUUUGGCCAUGGGGAAGCUGUAUGGGAAUGACUUCAGUCAGACCACCAUUUCCCGCUUUGAGGCCCUUAACCUGAGCUUUAAGAAUAUGUGCAAGCUGAAACCGCUGCUGGAGAAGUGGCUCAAUGAUGCAGAGACCAUGUCCAUAGACAGCACCCUGCCCAGUCCCAACUCCCUGUCUUCUCCUUCUUUGGGCUUCGACGGGGUUCCAGGUCGCCGCAGGAAGAAGAGAACCAGCAUCGAGACAAAUGUCCGUGUGGCUCUGGAGCGCUCAUUCAUGACGAACCAGAAGCCUACCUCAGAAGAGAUCCUACUGAUCGCAGAGCAACUCAACAUGGAGAAGGAGGUGAUCCGGGUCUGGUUCUGCAACCGCCGGCAGAAAGAGAAACGCAUCAAUCCCAGCAGUGCCACCCCUCCCCUACCCAGCCAGCCCCCCACUGCCCCAACAACGCACAAACCGCACUGCUACAGCCCUCACAUGAUGUCCAGCCAGCUGUCGCAGGCCGUGACCAGUCUCAGCAGCACAACCGUGACCACUAUGUCCUCCUCUCCCCUGACCUCCAACCUCACAUCCACCCACCCAUCCCUCAGCUCCACUCCUUCCCCAGUGACUCCUCCUCCUCCUCCCCGCAGCACAGCCAGCCCAGCCACUCCUAGUCACAGCACGCUGAACUUUAACACGGGUUUAUGGCGUAUGGGCAAAAAAAAUGGCGACGUGUCAAACUACAUCACCGAUUUUGCUGCAAACUUGAGGAACACUGUGAUGGGAGUUAACACAGGGAUGAGCCAAGCCCUCCUCGGUAACAAUCCCCUGGCUACUAUCCAAGCUCUAGCAGCCAGUGGUGGCCAGCUGCCUCUUUCCAGUCUUGAAGGGGGGAGUAAGGUGAUGCUGGGAGCCUCCGGGGGUCAGGGAGGUGGGCUCCCCUCCUCUCUUUUCCUCAACCACCCCGCCCUCCUCCACCUGGGCCAGAAUCCCGGCGCUGGACUGCUCAGUGCCGCCGUAGCCAAAGCCUCCCAGGCCUCCCACUUCCCCUCAGCCAGCAGCAUCAGCCCCACCGCCUGCUCCCCAUCUCCCUGCUCCAGCCCCGCCUCUUCCUGCUCCUCCAGCGAAAUGGCACACAGCCCGCCCUCUCUGGGAGGGGCUAAGAUUGAGUGACCAUGCCAAAGGCCAAUCAGAGAGGAGGAGGAAGGAAGAAACAAACCUCGCCUUUGACACCAAAGCUAUCUCUUUCCCUCUCUUGUGCUCUUCUUCCGGUAUUUUUUUUUUUUUUUUUUGCAAUGACUCUCUUUCUCUCUCACUCUCUCUUUCUCUCCCAGUCUUUCGAUGCCAAAAAUACACAGAAUGAAAGAGGAGAGAGGGAAAGAAAAAACAAUUUAAAGGGGAGAAGAGGGAGAAAGGGGAAGAUUGAAACCAAAAAUCUUUUAUCUAUCCAAACAUAGAGAGGAGGCCAUGUGGGACCUUUUUGUCAAUAAUGUGUAAUAUCGACACAGCGCUUCUCCUCUCUUCCUCUGCGAUGGAGAACAAACCAGAGACUUCAGCAGAGAAAUGGAAGAAAUUGACGUCAAAGUGCAGAAACUUAAAACGACAAAAGAUAUUAUUAUGUGGCAAAGGAAUGGCGGCAAGGACAAAAAAAAAGUGGAGAGGAGGACUGUUCUAUGUUUUCCUUUAAGAAAAAAAUAUUUCAAAAAGCUGCGGGUCUGAAGGAAGAGGAGACAGGAGGAGAAGAUUAAACCAAAAAUUUACCUGUGGAGGAGAAGGAGGAACAUACAAUGAAAAAAAAAACCUGACAACCAUACCAAAAUCCCAAAUAACAAAAACCAAAAAUACGGAGAGAAAAGCUUUAUUCAAAGGACGUGUAAAUA